AUAAUUUUUUUCAAAUUUCAGUUACUUGGCGCCUUCUUCAUUCCACUCCUUCAUGGACAGCUUGAUUUUUUCAAUGGCAUAUACUUUGCAUUCAUCUGUCUGACGGCCAUUGAGUAUGGAGAUCUGGUGCCUGACAAUAACUGGUACAUUCCAAUCGUUAUUCUCUAUGUAUGCAUUGGACUAGCAAUUUCGACAAUCGCAUUAGGUGAGUCAUUUUCGUCCUCUACUUCAAGCUUGCUUUUGAUUGUGCCGAUGUCAAGAAAGGACUCUAUUCUUUGA